AUGACCGACAACAAUACCAACGACCCGGAGAACACGCGGGGUACCCGUCCACCUCACACUCCAGAUGACGCCACACCCCAAGAAGCCUCUCUAGCAUCCCGAGUCCAAAGCUCCGCCGCCGGUCUCGCGCGCGCAUUCCAGACCCCCUCAAAUGCGGCGCAAACACUGUCCUCCGCGACUGAAGGCAAAGCCGGUCCAUCCAGGUCCGGAGCUGGGACCACCGGGGAAACAGGAUACCUCUCAACAGGCUCCUCAGCGCCUCGCACUUCAAAGUCAGGAGCCAGCGAAGCAUUCCGCGAGUCCCAAAUUGUACGAGAUUUGAUCGCAGUGCCUAGCUACGAGGAAUUCCAGCAGUUCCAGGACAACCCUCUCGAUCAACAAGUAGACCAAAUAGCGAAUCCAGAUCGAUCGCGACCUAGUACAAAUCUACAAAACGAAACAGGGCCCUGGAAAGGAAAACAACGAGCGCAUGAUCCCGCACAACAAGAAUUUAGUACCGCUUGGGACCGCGCGCAACACCCUCCGCACCCAGACACCGAAGCGAGCCACGAACCAAACGCGACAGACGGCAUGGAAGUGGUAACGCUCCUCUCAGACACAACCUUCGACCCAAAUACAGACCCUUAUAACCCAGAGUUUGAUCUCGACCAAGACGCAGAAGCUACACCUCUCACAUUUGACGAAAUCAAGGCGUUGGAGUCCUUCCGGAAGACGUUCUCAUCACAGUCGGAGAAUACACAGCAGAGAACAGGGAUAUCAGGAAUGAGUCUCAUACCCGAUAUCGAUACAUUCUUAGCUCAAGAUACAAGUACCGGGUCUAUCUCAGCCCAGGCAUUACGAGAUAGUGUGCUUGAAAAUCUUCCUGGAGCUGGGGAUUGGGUGGGUGUGCAGGAGAGGUAUCAUGAUGAGGUGUGGGGGUAUUUGAGGCCUGCGUUGGAGGCGGCGAAGAGUGAGAUGGAAGAAGGUGUUAAGGGGGAGGGGCACGUGGAAGGCCCGGCUGUUAGGAGGCUGAGGAUGAUUUUGAAGCAUAUGAGUUGA